AUGGCGUCCUCUCUAUCCAGCUAUGCUCACAUACCUCCUCCUGCAGCUCAUAGUCUUUGUUCGAAGAAAGGGGGAAAUCUCUCAUCUUCUAUGCUUUGCGGUUCAACUCUCAAUUUGUCUUCUAAACUAUCCCUAAACAUAUCUCUUCAAUUUCUUAAUACUAGUAGCAGCCAAAGUCUGGUCCUCUCUUCUCCAACUGCAAGGUCGCUCACUGUCAUCUCAAUGGCUCCCCCUAAGCCUGGUGGUAAACCCAAGAAAGUUACCGGGGUGAUAAAGCUGGCUCUGGAGGCUGGGAAGGCCACACCUGCACCGCCUGUUGGGCCUGCCCUUGGUUCUAAGGGUGUCAACAUUAUGGCUUUCUGUAAGGAUUACAACGCAAGGACUGCCGACAAAGCUGGUUAUGUCAUUCCUGUCGAAAUCACCGUCUAUGAUGAUAGGAGCUUUACAUUUAUUUUGAAGACACCUCCAGCUUCAGUCCUGCUUCUUAAGGCUGCAGGUGUGGAGAAAGGUUCUAAAGAUCCGAAGCUGGAGAAAGUGGGGAAAGUCACGAUUGACCAGUUGCGUGCAAUUGCCACAGAGAAGUUGCCGGAUUUGAAUUGUUCUAGUAUAGAAUCAGCAAUGAGAAUUAUAGCAGGCACUGCUGCUAAUAUGGGAAUCCAAGUUGACCCGCCUGUUCUUGAACCAAAAAAGAAGGAACUUGUGUAG